AUGCCCUCGAUAUUCUCUCCUGCCUCUGAGUCUGCUUCCGCAUUGACAUCGACGGCAUCACCCGCUGCUACAACACCGACAGCCAAUACGUCCAAUACGUCCCCCAUAUCUGUGCCUAGUACACGCCGAUCAACCAGUCAAGUGGCACAAUCUCUCGCCUCCUGGCCCGACACAACAUCGACAUCAAUCUCACCUACAUCCCCUACUCCUUUACCUACGCAUACCCCAUCGUCUGCGGAUAGCAACAACAAAAAUAACAAAAAUAACGCCCCUUCUCGCAGAAACGAAUCCCUAUCCCCGUCUCCUGCCGCACAGAAACCACGCUCUUCUUUUCUACGGCGGCUCUCCCCCGGCCUAGCUGCCAGAGUCAAGCUGCUAGACGACUCGUCCAAGUCCACGCCGACAGCACUGACGCGGAGCCGCAGUACGAUUGACACUACCACCCCCGAAGCAGACAGCAGGGUCUCAGAUCCGUCUGGCCCGUUGCUGACUGCUCAAGUCGGAGAAAAAUUAACAGAGAUGUCGGCUGUUCAGGAAGUGCAAACCACUGUGCUGGACACGGAAGCUUCCCAUGGAUCUGGCAGCCCAACGGACUUGGAAAAAUACCUCCGCUCAAGCGUGCAGCCUGCUGAAGGUGCUCCCCCUCCACCACCACCAAAGGACUCCCCUCCCCUGCCAGCUAAUGGCUCGAGUACCAAUGUGGAGUCAUAUUUCAAUCCCCUUGGUCUUUCUCGCACGGAAUCUAUUUACUCCUUUUCUAGAGCCACAUUUAGCAAUCAACUAUCCCAAUUAACUUCCAUCAGCUUACCUCAACCAGCGUCCCUCGAAGCAAGCAUAAAGGCCAUCUCUACCGCCCCUGCUGCCGUCCGAGCGUUGUCCGGAGCGGCGAGUCAAAUACAACAAUGGAUCGAUAAAGCCUCAGAUGUCUUGAGUGGGCUGGACGCUGAAGACGAUGUUGAAUGGGCAGCUGCGGGCGGCAGAGAAGGACUGGAGGAUGUCGACAAGGCCGUGUCAAAAUUUGAGAGUCUGGUGAAUGUCUAUGUCAAAGCUAUUGAAGAGGUACAGCUGCGCAAUGAUAUUGCGGAUGUUGGGUCCGAUCAGCUCCGGGCCAUCGUUGUCCAGGUGGAAUCAACAUUGGAGAACUGGAAGGGCGUCAAGUCACAGCUGAGAGGUGUUAAGGAGCAGGUUGAGCUUGCUAUGGAGUGGGAAGAGUUAUGGACGAACGUACUUGGCGACGUUGAAUCGGAGACAGAGCCUAACAAUUCGCUUGAUAUUAACGAGCUAGAAACGAUCGUCGAAGAGUCUCCCGCUCACGGGAGCACAUCAUCCUCUUCACAGUAUAAACAUGGCCACGUUUUUGGCGCUGCUCCGCCCCAGCUAGAAGCUCCCACUGUUCAAAAUGCUGAGGAUGACUCUAGUUUACUAGCGUUGUUUGCGCGGAUGCAACCCCUUCGAGCGUCCCUGGCCUUCCUACCCAUGCGGCUUUCAAUGUUUCAGUCUAGAGCGGAGAAGAUAUUCCCAAGCGCCUGUGAUGAGUUAGAGGCUCGACGAAAACGUUUGGAAAAGGGAUAUAAAAAGUUGGAAGCCGAUGCGGAGGCAUUACGGCGGGAAUUGGGAGAGGAUAGAUGGAAUUUGGUCUUUAGGAAUGCUGGCAGACAGGCACAUAAAAUGUUCAAGUCUGUCGAACGGACUAUCAAUAAACUCCAGGAGGCAAUUGAUUCGGGAUUCCACAAUGCCAACAGCGCAGCUUUAGCGAAGAAGAUCGAGAGCUUUGAGAAUAAAAAGGUCCACUAUGGCGAAGCCAUCGACCGCGUGUUGGCAAUCAUUCAGAAGGGCAUCAACGAUAGAUUGACGGUCAAUGGAGAAAUUAUACGAUUACUCGCAGAUCUGAAAGCGAGAUCGGAAGCGAUGAAGGAUAGGAUAUGCGUCAUGGAUUCGCUGCUGGAGGACCUCAAUGCUACCAAGAGCCAGCAGUUACGAGAUUCGAUAUCCAGCAUUGUCACCCUGGAUAGUCCUGCUACCCGAAGCGCCAUCGAUACCCCAGAUAGCUCCCCAGCCUCAUCUGUGGUCAUGUCAAGUACCAAUGGAGUCAACAGCGGAGUAGCAUCAAGUAUCAACGGAUCUAGUAGAAGGGGUAGCUCGACAGGUAACCCUAUUACAAAGGCAACUGCAACAAAACUAAAGCGUUACUCUGGACUGCCUCAAGCACCGCCUGCACCUCGCCGCUCCUCCAUACCCCGCACCACCUCCACUUCGAGCCAUCUAACGUCGCCAUCCCCACGACUCUCCACACUAUCUCCUACGCCCUCCACCCCUCGUCCGGGAUCCCGAAACUCCUAUGGGCAACAAAAUCCUACGUCUAAUAAACCACGCUGGAACGGUAGCGCUAAUACGAAUGAUCUCAUAGUCGGUCACAAUUUUAAACCACUCAGCCUCACCACUCCAUCGCCGCACCGCAAGCUCAACUUCCCCACAAACUCGCGUUCCUGCCUCCCUCUCCCCAGUCCCCUCAGCCGCGAGUCAUCCGCGUCUCCCGCCCCUUCUUCACGUCGGCCCUCAAGCCGACUCACAGGCAGCCGCAUCGCCUCGCCUGCUCCAGAUCGUGGUGGUGUCGCGUCACCCACACCCACACGCUCCCGCCUCAUCGGUCCACCCCCUUACAGCAAAUUCUGCAAAAAUUCGUCGUCAACGUUGACAGGCCCUUCUCCUGCGCUAUCUAAAACGCCCCGCAGCCGACAAAGUUACGCUGGCCAACCGAGUGCGCGAGCGGUAUCGACAAACACGCUUAAUACUAUUGGUGGCAGUGGUGAGAAUGGCGCGAAGAAAGCCGCUACCCGUCCCGGAACCGCAUUGGGCCAUUCAUCCAGACGUACCAGUAUGCUGCCACAGCCACGCGGGUCAAAAUCGGGAAGGGACAGUAUGGGGUUGUCUUCGAAGGGUUUGGAAGAAAGGCCACCGUGGAGGUAA